AACAGGCCUGGUCACACUUUCUGUCACGGCAAUCCUAGAAUUAUCUGCCACAUCAGAUUUUUUAAAACUUUGUAUACUGUUUAACAGAAAAAACAAUGUCAUAGCAAAUUAAGAGUAAAUUGUGAUAGCAACAUCAGAAGCAGUCUUGUGUGUCGCCCCACCUCCAUGUAGCAUUGGGUCCGGGAAAGUGCCCGUUGCUCCCCAAACGCCGCAGCAUCCGAAAAACAAUUCUCGAACCAAGUGGAACGAAAUCGAAGAUACACACAACACUUGUAGAACGCCCACACUUGGUAGAAGAAUAGUCGCAAAUUGCAGCGAAGACGUGUCACUGGGGAAAGAGCUAACGAAAGGUUGAAAAAGCGCGCUCGAAAUGGCCCAAACCAGCGGAAAUCUAUCCGGAAACAUGCAGCCGCCACCGCCAUCGGGAGGCAGGUUCUCCGUGGACCUUCAAAGUUUGCCCAGCCUGUCCAACCUGCCAUCGCCGCUGCAGAUCUUCCAAAUGGUGCGCAACUCUUUGCGACCUUGGAUUGUCUUCUUCAAUAUCAACAACUUUAAGUCGGCCGUGAGCAUGCAGCGCCUGAACAACCGUAUCCUGCGGAAUCUCUCCUACUUCCAGGCCAACUACAUCUUCAUCUUCUUCGUCCUGAUGAUCUACUGCCUCAUCACGGCGCCCUGCAUCCUGCUGGUCAUCUUGGCCGCCGCCUUUGGUUGCCACAAACUGCGGGUGCGCAACAGCAACAUCACAGUGGUGGGCCACCAACUGACGCCCAAUCAACAGAUAAUCGCCCUCAACUUGGCCACUGCGCCCGUGCUCUUUUUGGUGGGCGCGGGCUCCAUUCUUUUUUGGACACUGGGCGCCUCCUGCUUUGUGAUUGCAAUGCAUGCCAUCUUCUACAACAUCGAUGCUAUCGUGACCGAGGAGAACGAGGGAUUCCUUGCCCAGGUUGUCUGAUUGUCAGCCAGAAGCUGAAGUAUUGGUCUUCUGGGAUCUGGACAAUCCGCGGCGAGGACGAGGUGCAGACAUAUUCGCCACUAUGGGGCCUUAUUAGUCGAUACAAUCAACACGCAAUAUCAACAUAUUUAUAACGAAUUCUAGUUAAGUUUUAGCCGCAGACAUUGAAUAAACAAAGUACACAAACUA